GUGUGUCUGUCUGUCUCUGUCUCUGUCUCUGUCUCUGUCUCUGUCUGUCUGGGCCGGGCUGCGUGGUUGCGCGUUGUUGGCGGGUUUGUGCCUGGCCCCUGGGGAGUCAGUGCGGGGCUCUGCGCCUGCAGGGUGUCCAGGUUUGGGGCUUUGUUGUUCGUGUCUGCCUUUGUCUCUGUGGGUCUGUGUUUCCGUGCACCGUCCUUUUUGUUUCUGGAGAGUAAGUACCUGGAGGAGCAGUGUUGGAGGCCCGUCUGCUCUCACCUGCGCUGACUCAAAGCCCACCCCCUUCUCUCAGCAGCCUGGGGCCCAGGCUGGGGCCACCAUGGCACCGCCUCCAGGUUCUGCUACCGUCCCGCACACACUGCUGCUCCUGCCCGCCCUUCUGAGCUCAGGUUGGGGGGAGUUGGCACCACAAAUUGAUGGUCAGACCUGGGCUGAGCGGGCACUUCGAGAGAAUGAGCGCCAUGCCUUCACUUGCCGGGUGACCGGGGGGCAUGGUACCCCCCAGCUGGCCUGGUACCUGGAUGGACAACUGCAGGAGACCAGCACCUCAAGACUGCUGACUGUGGGCAAGGAGGCCUUCUCUAGAGGCACCAGCACCUUCACUGUUACUGCCCAGAGGGCCCAACAUGAGCUGAACUGCUCCUUGCAGGACCUGGGCAGUGGCCGGUCAGCGAACGCCUCUGUCAUCCUUAACGUGCAAUUUAAACCAGAGAUUGCCCAGGUUGGGGCCAAGUACCAGGAAGCUCAGGACCCAGGCCUCCUGGUUGUCCUCUUUGCUCUGGUGCGUGCCAACCCUCCUGCCAAUGUUACCUGGAUCGACCAGGAUGGACCAGUGACUGUCAACACCACUGACUUCCUGGUGCUGGAUGCCCAGAACUACCCCUGGCUCACCAACCACACCGUUCAGUUGCAGCUCCGUAGCCUGGCGCACAACCUCUCGGUGGUGGCCACCAAUGAUGUGGGUGUCACUACUGCCUCUCUUCCAGCCCCAGGGCUCCUGGCCACGCGAGUGGAAGUACCACUGCUGGGCAUUGUUGUGGCUGGAGGGCUUGCCCUGGGCGCCCUGGUGGGAUUCAGCACCUUGGUGGCCUGCUUGGUCUGCAGGAAAGAGCGGAAGACCAAAGGCCCCUCCCGGCGCCCAUCUCUCAUCUCCAGCGACUCCAACAACCUGAAACUUAGCAACGUGCGCUUGCCACGGGAGAACAUGUCCCUUCCGUCCAACCUGCAGCUCAAUGACCUCACCACGGAUUCCAGAGCAGGGAAACCAGCAGACCGGCAAAUGGCUCUGAACAGCAGCCGGCCAGAGCUUCUGGACCCUGAGCCUGGUGGCCUCCUCACCAGCCGAGGAUUCAUCCGUCUCCCGAUGCUGGGCUAUAUCUACCGAGUGUCCAGUGUGAGCAGCGAUGAGAUCUGGCUGUGAGUGGAGGCCAGGCACAGGUGGCCCUUGGGCAUCCUCCUGCUUGGCCUUGUUGACAACAUGAAGAGGCCACACUGCUGCCACUUUGGCUUGCCUUCCUGGCUGGGGUGUCCUCUGUGUCAUCCCCACAAUGAGUUUCACUGGGAUCUGACCCACAGGGAACACAGGUGUCCUUUGCAAGGCUGUCAGCCAGACCUAAGCCCCUUAUUCCAACAUGGGUUAGCCACUGCCUGGGAUGACUGUGCCAAGCACAUGGAGCUCUUUGACCAGGUAUGCUCAGAUGUCACCCACCAUCCAAAUGUGGCGUGGCCUUGUUGGCUUGGGCCAGCACUCCUCUGCACCUUGCCCAGUGGGCAUGGGGGCAUGCCUGGUUGGGGGACAGGAGGACCCUGCAUGUCUUGGAUUUCCUUCCCAUGCUAUGCAGCUUCCUUUCUUCGGGGAAAAUUUAGGGCCUUGCUAGCUGUAUAGGAUAAACUGCUCUUUGCACAGGAACCAACCCCUGACCCAGGGGCACUGGCCAAGCACAAACCAGUCCCUUCUGCUGCAUACCUUUCUGCCCCUCUCGGUCCCGCCCCGGCUCCUUGUGGGCAUUAUGGGUUAUACACUGGACUUUCUCCACCUCUUCACUGGGCACUAGACUUCCUCACUGGCCUGGCAUUAGCACAAGUUCGGGCGGAGAGAAGUCUGGCGGGGUCCGGCAUGCGGCUCUGCAGCUUUUCUUCCAGUGUUAGCACCUUAAGCACAUCCCAUGGGGGAGGGGGUGACAAGGAACCCAGACCCCCUUUGUGACUUCCCCCAAGUCUGGCCUUCCUAGGAUGCACUGUGAGUGCCCUGUGCGCUCGGGUUCAUGGUUUGCCUCUCAAAAUGCCCCACCCUGCUGGGGCCCCAGCCCUGCCAACCCUUAGCUGCCCCACUGGCAGGAAGCCUGUCUUCCUGCCCUGCUCUCUCCUCUCUAGUGGAUGGUCACAGUGGGCACACGGUCUGGCAGUGCCACGAGAUUUCGGGGGACAUGGAGAAAGGGGAGACCACAUACCCCAAAACAACCUAAGAACACUUUAAAAGGCGACGUGGAGAUGAUCGCACAUUAAUACAAUGUAGAGUGUAUCUUUCCCUUGUCGAUAACCUGUUUUGUAAUUUUCUCGUGUUACUGCCUCAGACAGUGCUGAGCACACAGAAAUGUCAAUAAACGUGACUGAGUGAACUCACCUGUCCCUGUUUCAUUCCUUCAAAUAGGGGUUUUAAAUGCAAUCUUUCCCUCACAAGUAGGAGAAAAUGGCAAACACCUGUGUACUCACCACCCAGCUCUGUUGGGUGUUAACGUUGUGCCGUAUUUGCCUCAUGGCUUUAAAAAAGAAAUGACAUUAUUUCUUAAAUAGCACUGUUCCCUGUGGCAGGGCUGGUGUUGUCUAUGUUGGGAGUGCCAGGUGGGGCCACCUAGGACUGUGGCUAGUAUAGGAGCCCCUUUGCCUUGAUGGGACAGAAGUUUCCACUAGGCUGUGAUUUUUCAAAAAAAUUUUUCCUGGGUGUCUUAGCUUAGUUAUCUAGUGCUUCUGUAACAGAAAUACCACAAGUGGGUAGCUUCAACAAACAAAUUGCUCAUCGUUGCUGGGUGCCAUUGAGUUGGUUCUUACUCAUUGUAAUGGAUUGAGUUGUAUCCCCCCAAGAUAUGUGCCAACUUGGUUAGGCCCUGAUUCCCAGUAUCGUGUGGUUGUCCUCCAUUUUGUGAUUUUCCUAUGUGUUAUAAAUUAUAAUCUCUGCCUGUGAUUAAAGAGGAUUAGGGUGGGAUGUAACACCAUUGGUCAGGUCACAUCCCUGAUCCAACAUAAAGGGAGUUUCCCUGGGGUGUGGCCUGCACCACCUUUUAUCUUACAAGAGAUAAAAAGAAAGGAAACUAAGCAUAGAGUUGGGGACCUCAUACCAUGGAGAAAUUAAUGCCAGGAGCAGAGGGCAUCUUUUGGACUCGAGGUUCCUGCGCAGAGAAGCUCCUAGUCCAGGGGAAUUUUUUUUUUUUUUAAUUGUGCUUUAAGUGAAAGUUUACAAAUUAAGCCAGCCUCUCACACGAAAACUUAUAUACACUUUGCCACAUACUCAGUCCAGGGGAAUAUUGAUGACAAGGGCCUUCCUCCAGAGCCGACAGAGGGUGAAAGUCUUCCCCUGAAGCUGACACCCUGAAUUUGGACUUCUAGCCUACUAGACUGUGAGAAAUUUUCUCUCUGUUAAAGCCAUCUACUUGUAUUUCCGUUAAAGCAGUGCUAGAUGCCAAAGACACUCAUAGCAACCCUACAUACAACAGAACAAAACACUGCCAGGUCCUGUGCCAUCCUCACAAUCAUUACUAUCUUUGAGCCCAUUGUUGCAGCCACUGUGUCAAUCUAUCUCCUUGAGAGUCUUCCUCUUUUUCACUGACCCUCUACCAAGCAUAAUGCCCUUCUCCAGGGACUGGUCCCUCUUUAUAAUGUGUCCAAAGUACAUGAGACGAAGUCUUUCCAUACUUGUUUCUAAGGAGCGUUCUGGCUAUACUUCUUCCAAGACAGAUUUGUUCAUUCUUCUAGCAGUCCAUGGUAUAUUCAGUAUUCUUCACCAACACCAUAAUUCAAAGGCAUCAAUUCUUCUUCAGUCUUCCUUAUUCAUUGCCCAGCUUUGGUAUGCAUGUGAGGUGAUUGAAAACACCACAGUUUGGGUGAGGAGCAACUUAGUCUUCAAAGUGACAUCUUGCUUUUUAACACUUUAAAGAGGUCUUGCAGCAGAUUUGCCCAGUGCAAUAUGUCUCACAGUUAGGAGGCCAGAAGUCCAACUUCAGGGUGCCGGCUCUAGGGGAAGGGUUUCUCUCUCUGUUGGCUCUCCACGAUCUUCAUGUGGUUUGUCAUCUAUCUUUCCUCCUUGAUGCCUGCUUGCUUACUCAAUCUGCUUUUUAUAUCUCAAAAGAGAUAGAUUUAAGACACACCUACACUAAUACUGCCUCAUUAACAUAACAAAGAAAACGCUAUUCCCAGAUGGGAUUAUAACUACAGGUACAAACAUACAGAAAAAAAUCCCUUGCUGUUGAGUCGAUUCCAACUCAUAGCGACCUUAUAGGACAGAGCAGAACUGCCCCAUAGGGUUUCCAAAGAGCAGCUGGUGGAUUUGAACGGCCAACAUUUUGGUUAGCAAUUAAGCUCUUAACCACUACACCACCAGGGCUCCAACUACAGGUAUAGGAGUUAGAACUUACAACACAUAUUUCUGAGGGACACAAUUCAAUCCAUAAAGCUGGGGGACUAUGAGGGGAUAAAAGGCCAGAAACGGAAUGAGUUUUUUUGAGGGCAGAUUUAUGUUCCACAGACUGGCUUGGCUUGCAUAGUUUUGGGGGUUUCCUGCCCGUGUCCUUCCCUCACCUCUGUCUCCUUCAGGGUCCUCUUCCAUGGGAGGGCUAAGGCGGCCUCAGUCUCCUCAGAGGAACGUGGUCCUGGCCUCUACUAAUUUCG